AUGUUAGCUCUGGCGCUCUGGUCUGCGCUGCUGGUCUCCGCGCGGGCCGAGGCUGAGUGCUCAUGGUGGAGCUGGUGUAGCAAGCCAAGCGCUCAAAGAGCCUUCGAGGCGGAGUCCUUCUCUGGUGGAGUUUCCUUACUUCAGGUUGGACCAGCCGAGGUGGUCCGAGCUCAGAGGUCAACAGAUGCAGUGCAUUCACGACGUCCGAGUAGCCCUUCAAAGGAUGCGGCUAGCAGCAAUGCGCUCGUGCAGUUCUACCGGGACUUGGUGGAAGAACAAGAAGUAACUCCAGGUGAAGUCUCAGGCGUGAUCAUGCUGCUUGGGAUCGUCAUUGCUUGCCUAUGCUGGGCUCCUCCGAUUUCGUCGCCUGCGAUGAACAAGGAAGCAGUACCCGACAUCCUGCCACCAGUCACGGACAAGGCUCCAAAGCGACCAUCCAAUCCGCGGAAUCUCAAGCUGGAUGUCAAGGCGUGCACAAGCCCGAGAGAAGCCACAGGAACCAGUUACUGCACUGCUUGCCCCGUGAUGAGCCACCUCGGAGAUUUUCGCCUGUUUCGGUGGAUCUUGGUGUGUCAUCCAGAAAGAGGUCGACAGAUUGAUCCAGUAAAGUGGUCAAUGGAGGAUGAUGUCAUUCCACGAGCUGAGAAGGACGUGCAAGUGCUGGGGUAUGGGAGCCCACCUCAGACAUCAGUCCUGAUACCCUUGCAUAUGGUUGACGAUUCCGAAUUGUGCUUGGCAUCCAAAGCAGCGCCCAUCAAGCGCCACUUUGAAGAGAACGUGCUGAUUUUCGUGGUGCAGGCGGUCAUUGCCGAGACGGACAAGUCUGUCCUGCAACGAGCCGGAACAACUCAUACAAGGCAGCAAGAAACAGUCUCGGAAGUGAAGCCGGGCUGCGUCAACAUCUCCAGGCAACUGGCGCAGCCAAGACAGCUGUGGAUGUCCACUGCGCAGCUGAUGGUGCGGCGGCAGCUCCCUGCCGAUGCGGAGGAAGGUCCUGUCCUUCUCGAUGAUCCUUCCUUGCAUUUGCAAGCGCGCUACAUCGCCUACAGGCUCGCUGUCUUCUCCGAUAAUGCUGUUGGCAUGCUUUUCUUGUCACUACCUCCCGUGGCUGAUCUGGUGUCCUUUGGCUUCCCCCCAGAACCUGUCAUGAUAGGCAACUGCUCUCCGAAGUCGUUUCUGUGCCGGGCUGAGAUGCUGCCAGAGGUGCGCCUGUACCUGUCCUACGUGCCCUCAUUGGCGAGCCUGGCAACGCUCUACCAACUGCACAGCCAGAAAGGCGUGCAGCUGCAGGUGGCUUUCAAUACCUGGCGAGAGACGCGGAUGUGGACUACUGAGCUCCAUGAGCUGCAAAAUACCAUGGCUCCCACCAGGGUAAUGCGCCGAGGAGCCAUGAAGAGUGUGCUUGAUGCCGACUCAUUGAAGCGAGAUCUGCAAGCCAAGCUUCAGAGGCUUGUUCAGGAGGAAAGAGUAGCACAACAUCGUGCCAAUGUGGAUGACCAGCCAGCCACACUGCGUCCGCUUGAAGUGGGAGAGGUGCUGCAUGAUGACAUGCCCAAUGUCUUGCCGAAGUGGAUGCGCGAAGGCCUGCGCCCGCGUGUGGCCAUGGCAGCUCCAGGUGCUUUGGAGGACAACGACAACUUUUCCCUUGGAACCAGAGGACAUCCCAACAAAUGCAAGCCCGCCUGUCGUUUUCAUCGACGGAGGGGCGGAUGUCGUGAAGGUGCAUCGUGCAAAUUCUGCCAUGAGUGCGUCUUCUCGGACUCCGACCCGAAUUACCUGGGCGUGCCCCUGCACAGUUUGGGUUCAGCGUCCUCGGUCUGUACGCCCGUGCCACCUGGCGCCAUGCAGAGACCGAGCUCCGAAGGCGACUAUCCUUCCAUAGGCUCAAUCGGACACCCUUUUUCUUGUGGGCCACCUUGCAAGUACAACUCAAAGCCGAAGGGCUGCAAG